CGCUUUUCUUUUUGGAGGUUUGUUUUAUAAAUACCAAACCAAAUCAUCAACCUAUCCAUCCUUGGGAGCUACUUAUCAACCAAUAAUGAAACCGCUACGGUGCUUUAGGAUUCGCAAAGUGAACCUUUUAGUAAUCAUCCUAACGUUACUAGGACUAAUAAUAUAUUCAUUGAACUACCAUUUCCAAGUAUCGAUAGAUAAGUCAUUACUAACGUCAAGUUCUAAAGACUUAACCAGGUUAUUCCCCGACCAUUUGGAAAAUCCUUCGGUAGAAGAGAUUCUUGCGGUUAAUGCAACCAUCACCUCCAUUGAGAUAAGAAGAUGUUUGAAAUAUUUCACUUGUAAUUCCAUUCCGGAACCAACUGCUAAGAAAUCAAUUCUUGAAUAUAAGACUCCGUUGAAUCUUUAUUCGAGUUCUUGGUUUGAUUAUCAUAUUUAUAUGGUUUAUGAAAGAACUGAUGAUCUUGAAAAUGUAUUAACUGAUAUCCAAAUAUUACCAAAUGGUAAAGAUCCAAUAACCCCAGCCAAUCAACCGGGCAAAUGGAUUUCUAAUAAGUUCAAUUCUAACAUUAAUAUUUGGUUAUAUUACUCUCCAAAUACCCAUCAAACAAGAAUGAUUAGGGAUAUUGAUGUUCUUUUCGGUCAUAAUGAUCUUUCGGAUGAUCGUCCAUAUUGGAAAUACCAGCCAAAUCCAAUUCUGCUCCCCUUUACUCUGUCAAUACCUCCUCAUUUAUCUUUAUUGAAAUUUAGUCAAGAUGAUUUGAAGGAGGUCGAUAGUAAAUUUAAUGAUUUGAAAGCGAAAAAUAUCAUUUUGAGCAAUCAUGAAAAUUAUAAAAUUAUGCAAAUUAGUGAUUUACAUUUUGGCCAGAAUUUAGGAUUGUGUCUUGAUGGUGAUAAUUCUAAUUGUAAAUCUGAUUAUAAAACAGUUAAAUUCAUGGAACUGGCUAUAAAAGCCGAUAAACCAGAUUUGGUGGUUAUCACUGGAGAUUUAAUUGAUUUCAGAAGAUUGAAAAAUUUUAAAUCAGUUAUUUUGAAGGCACUUUCUCCAAUAUUGAAAAAUCGUAUUCCCUUUGUUUUCACUUUUGGUGAAUCGGAUUAUAAUAUCGAUAAUGAUAUUACUAAAAAAAGAUUUUUAAAGUUCAUCAGUUCUUUACCUCUUUGUUAUAAUAAACCUGAACCUGAAGAUAAUUCUUUACACGGAUUAUCAAAUUAUAAUUUAAACGUUUAUUAUGUUGAAAAUAAUGAUAUUGAUAUAAACAAUCUUGCUUUAAAUAAACCAAAUGCUCAUAUUGCAAUUUUAGAUUCGGAAAAUAAAAAAAUUGAUUCUUCUCAAAUUAAUUAUUUAUACCGUCUUAAUGGUGAUUUUGAUGCUACUUCUAAGAUUUUUAAAUUACUUUUUUUCCAUUAUCCUUUACCCAAUUUCCGUCCUCAAGGUAAAUUUAAACUAAUUGGUGGUUAUAAUAUGAAAAGUAAUUUGAAUUCGGCUUCAAAUCCAAAAUUUAAAAAUGAUAUUAUAAAUAUGGGUUAUCAUGUCGUUUCCGUUGGUCAUGAACAUGAAAAUGAUGCUUGUCUAUUAAGUUACUUGGAUAAUGAUGAUUCUAAACUGAUUUGGCUUUGCUACAAUAGUAUCACUGGUGAUUCCGGCCAAACUGAUUUAAAUAAUGAUUACCAAAGAAAACUUAGAAUGUUUAGUAUGGAUCUUGCUGAUAAUUCCGAAAAUAAAAGAUUAUUAAGUUGGAAAGUUGGCGAAUCUGACGCAGGGGCCAUCGAUUAUCAAAAAAUUUUUUCCUUCUAAACCUUGUAUUAUCUACUCGUUGUACUAUCUGUUAUUUGUUAUGUCUUUACUUCUUUAUGUAUUAAUUCUAUUUAUUAUGUUGC